GAUUUUUGAAAUGUUUUAAAACGCAUAACAACGAAACAUUUCUUCCUUGGUGUCGGGUUUUGUUUCCGUCGUUGUCACACCCGAAACACAUUUGUCUGAUGCCUGUUGCUGCGCCGAAGUUGCUGCUCAACGUAUCGAUCUGUUUGCAAAAGUUGAACUGAUGCCCGGUUACCCCGUCCGUAGACUUUCUCCAGUUGGGUGUUGUGCUAUUUUAUGUACAUCUCUUCUUAAUCCAAUCUCAUCUCAUCUCUCAAGAACAUUUAUUUAUAAUCGUCUUAAAAAUAUUGUGUGGUGUGUGUGGUGCUGAAAUUAAAAAUUUCUCGUAAUCAUGAACGAGAACGACGGAGUCCGUUUCGGCAUCGACACGGACUCCCUCAUCAACCUUAUCAAGUCAGGGGUCACCUCUCCAGCAGAAGUUGGCGAAAUAUGUUCAAAAUUGCACACCUCGACGGAAGGUCUGCCCUCAUUUCCUGCCCAUUUAAACCUCCGACAAGCAUCAUUUGGUCGGAAUGAUCUCAUUACGUCGCCACCUCCACAUUUUCUCAGCUACUCGGCCUUCCUUUACAAUUCUUAUUCUCAGCUACAAUUCACCUUCAUUAGAAACAUUUUACUUAUCAUCAUCUUUCUGUCCUUGGCGCACUUCGCUCUCAUUUUGGUGAUUAAGGAUGAAGCGGACGAGUUUUGGUUUUUGGGAUUUUUCGACUUCUUAGAAGUUCUGUUGCUUCUCGUGAUUCCGAUUUGGUUGGAUGCCAGUCGAGACUAUAAAAGACAGAAUGGUAUCUCGGAGACGUUCCAACGCUUGGGGGCGAGUGGGGCAAAUUGCGAGGUGAUGCGAAAUGGACAAUUUCAGACGCUCAAAUUUAAGGAUAUCGUGGUCGGGGAUGUAAUAGAGCUUAAAGAAGGCGACGUGGUCCCUGCGGACGGACUUUUGCUGGAGAACAAUACUGAGAUUGUGUUCUAUCGGGGGAAAUUAGUCACGAAAAAUAUAGGACUUUGUUGUACAAUGGGGUCCGUCAUUUCCAAAGGGGAAGGUAUCAUGGUCGCGACAUGUGUAGGACCAAAUGCUCAAUUAAGUUUACUAGCGAAUGAACCACCACAGCCAAAAGAAGUCGUUUGGGCUCCACUACUACUACGACUUGCCGUAUUCCUCGGAGUUCUCACGACAUCCUUCAUGAUCACCCGUUUCUCCAUUAACACUUAUUUGAUAAACCAGUCUCAAUUUUAUGCGAAGCACUUGCAGUUCUUUUCCUCAUGUGUGGGGCAUGGAUUUUCAAAUUUUAUCGCCGUAAUUCCUCUAACCCUUCCAUUCGUGAGUGUGUGGACAUUUCAUCACAAUCCUGACAAGACCAAGGCACGCGUCGCGAUUUCAAAAUUUCUACAGUUCAGAGUAACCAUCAAUAUCGUUCUGGUUCUGCUCGACAUUGUGCAAAUGCAUUUCGAAUCAUCAACUAGUCUGUCUAAGAACGUGCAAAAAGCAUGGAUUCAUUUACUCUCCAAUUUGCUCGGGAUUGCAAUAUUUCCUUCCGAUGUGACAAAAGAGGUUAUCAAAGACGGAAAUGUCAUGCCGUCACAAACCGUGAAAAAUAUAUUUGGACAGAUUUUUUUCCAAUUUUCGAUAGUAGUAGUGCUCAAAUUUUACAGCGAAGGUCUGAUCGAUAUUCCAUUGGAACCAUUCAACGAACCCAACACCCACAGCACCUUGAUUUUCAAUACACUCGUUUUUAUGACGCUUUUUCAUGUAAUAUGUGUCAGGGGAUCUCGAGGGUCGGGAAGGAAUUUUUUCUCAGGGAUUCUUCGCCAUAAAAAAUUCUGUUUUCUUUGGAUUCUCAUAACUAUUAUCCAGAUUUGCAUUGUCCAACUGGGUGGACUUACCUUUUUCACGUACCCGUUAAGAAUUUCUGAGUGGCUUUACACCUUAUGUUUAGCUCUAGGAGUAUUUUUAUGGAUGCAGGUGCUAUUUUGUGUGUGCUGCUGUACAAGUACUGCCGACCAAUCGUCAAGGGCUGUCGAUUAUGUGCCUGACGAAUCCAGCGUUUGAAGAAAGGAGUGAUUUUUACUUAACAUUUUUUACCUGAUUAUUACGAAUAAAUUCCUGGCUAAUUUUCGUCACCCUGUUUUCAAACGAGAUGAAUGACCUUCAUGUUUAUGUUUUUUUACUAUACGUAAAUUCAUAAGUGAGAAACAUGUCAAAAAUUAUUGUACUAAUAAUUAAAACGAUUUUCCAGAAAAUUACUACAACUAACUUAUAAUUUUUCCAUAUGCAUAUCAUUAAGCAUUAUAUUAAUUUUUUAUUGUUUUUGAAGGAAUGUUAAGGAAAGAAAGGGGAAUAAAUCCAAACUAUACCCACAAUUUACAGCUAA